AUGCCGGGGACGGAGGAGAGCAUCAAGGUUGCCGUCCGGGCUCGGCCUCUGAACCUACGAGAAAAGAAGCUCAAAUGCGACAUUGUCGUGUCGAUGAGUGGGAAGACCGUCACAGCAAGCCCAGACAGGAAUCCGAAGCAUUUCACUUACGACUACACGUUUUGGUCCGUCGGCGAGGGACAAGGUACCCAAGCAGAGAUAUUUGAGGACAUCGGCACACCCAUGGUGUCGAAUGCUGUGGAUGGUUUCAACUGCACUCUUUUCGCCUAUGGGCAGACGGGCAGUGGCAAGAGCUACACCAUGAUGGGUGGCGUCCCGACUGACGAAGGGGAUGCAGGUGUGAUCCCACGCAUGAUCAGCGGGCUCUUCGAAGAGAAGGACCGGCUCGAAGAAGACGCCCUGGUUGAGCUCCAGGUUCGGAUUUCAUACCUGGAGAUCUACAAGGAGCAGGUCACCGACUUGUUUGCGUCUCUGAGCGCAAACAAGGAGAACAAGGGCGAGAAUCUAAAGAUCAUGGAGCACCCCAAGCUGGGUGUCUAUGUGAAAGGCCUGUACCAUAUGCCCUGCGCCACGAAGGACGAGGUGAUGCGUAACUUGGAGUACGGGCUGAAGAUGAGAACGAUCGCUGCCACGAACAUGAAUCAAAGCUCCUCGCGCUCGCAUGCGGUCUUCACUAUCAUCGUCAACAGGCUCGAGGGGGAGCGCCCCAAGGGCAAGAACGGCAAGGACGAGCGCAAGUCGCUCUCUGCCAAGAUCAACCUUAUUGAUCUCGCGGGAAGUGAGCGCACUUCCAAGGCGCAGACAGAGAACGACCGCUUGAAAGAGGGUUGUGCCAUCAACCAGAGCCUGUCUCAGCUUGGCCUGGUGAUCAAGAUGUUGACAGAGCAAAGCAGCGGUGGCUUGAAAGCUCCUAUGUUCCGCGCGUCGAAGCUGACCUUCCUCUUGAAGGACUCGCUGGCUGGCAACUCAAAGACCUGCAUGAUGGCCACGGUUUCACCCGCCAGCGACAACUACGAUGAGACAGUCUCGACACUGAGAUUCGCCUCGUCGGUCAAAAGCAUCAAGACAGUGGCUGUUCAAAACAAGAACAAGAAGGAUCAACUCAUCGAUAACCUACAGCAGGAGAUGCGACUUCUGAAAGCGCAGAUGGCUGCCGGAGGUCUGAACGUCGCCGAAGCAUCGGAGCAGUUGAAAGAACGCGAGAGACUCAUCAAGGAGCAGACGCAGCAAGACUUCCAGGAGGAGCUGAAGGCCGCUCGAGAGAUGAGCCGGGCCCGGGAGAAGGCCUUGGAGGAGAGCGGCCUCUCCCACGGCCACAUCACCGAGGCCUUCGGAAUCAGCAACGGCCAGCCCUAUAUGGUGAACAUGGCCUUCGACCCUAUGCUGGCCGGAUGCCUUAUCUACUUGAUCCAGGAAAGCAAGCCGACAACCAUGGGCGCCAACAAGGACAACACCAUCGUCUUGAAAGGUCUGGGGAUGCCAGACUUCCUCUGCCGCAUCGAUGUCUUAGAGGCAGGGGGGCUGAGCCUCACGCGCCUGUCCGAUGGGGCGAGAGUGUUCGUGAAUGGGAAGCUGCUCGAGCAGAACCAGAUGCGGGAACUUCAAGACGGUGACCGUAUCUCGCUGGGCCGCACCUAUGUCCUGAAGCUCGUUUGUCCUGGUGAGGGCGGCGCCGCCCCUCUGCAGGAUGACCUAGUGCUGCAGCGCGAUGAGACGGACACCGCGGAGCUGGAAAACUCGCCGUCCUGGAAGAGCCUUCAAGACUAUGUGGGGCAAGUCGUCCGUCAGAUGUCAGCUCCGAUGGCCGCUGCCUUGAUGGAGGAGAUAAAGCAAGCCUGUCGCCUCACCGACGAGGCAAACGAAGUGACGACGGAAUGUCGAUCCGGCUCCGACGCUUUGCACUUCGAGGUGGACUUAACCAGCAGUAUCCCUCCGUGUGUUGCCAUCCGCGUUCUGCAGUGUGAAUGUGAAGAUGGUCCUGCCCGGGCGAACGAGGAGCAUUGGAAGAACAAGUACAUUUGGUCUGUAAGCCAGCUGGCAGAACGGCUGGAGCGCAUGCGAGACUACUGGCGGCAGAAGGACAGCAGUGCAGUGGAAGAGCUCAAUCCGCUCGAGGAUCCCUGGCACGAGGCAGAGGCGGCAGAGAUCUUUCAGCGGAUGCGACACCUGGAGAGCGUGGUCUUGGAGGCUGAGAAGGCUUUCAAGGCUUCGCAAGAGUCGCAGCCGCUGAUGCUGAGGAUGAUGAACUCCGAGGACUCGCUCCGUCGCCUCAUUUUCGGGCUCUGGAAGUCCUGCGUCAGUGCCGGAAAGCGGGAGCGCAAGGCUUCUACUGGCCGGGCCGCUUUGGUGAAAACCCCCACUGGCCGGAUGAGGACAACCAUUGUGCUUGACAAGCAGCAGGUGGUUGGGCGCAAGGACUCGAAAGGCCGAGGCAGCAUCACGCCGCACUCGGCGGCUUCGUCGAGGAGGAUGACCUUGAGGUUCGGUGUCGAGAAAGGUGCCCAGAAGCAGGAGCCACGUACACCUCGCAAAGCCGCCGAAAAGCAAGAAGAUUCCGCGGAUCCUGGCCUGGUGAAGUCAGAGCCUGAAGCUACGCCAGAAGAGCCGCGGCGAUCUGAUGUCGAGAUGGUGGAGCUGCAAAGGCAGCUCGAUGUGUCUUGCCAGCAGAAGGCAGCGAUGGAAAACCAGCUGGAGGUGGCCUGGGAGUUGGUGGCCGAGCUCCGGGGCCGGUUGGUGGAUACCCUCGAGCAGGGCAAGCAAUCUGCAGACUCGGAACCUGCCACCGUGGUCAGAGCCGGGAAGGAGGAGGACAGGAGCCAGAUGCAGACAGCUCCGGGGCAGCUGCAGCCAACCCAAAGCAACUCCCGUCUCCUGGCUCAGGCCGAUGCCCUUGCGGUGGCUUCCCGCGCGGCCAUGGAUGCAGCCAAGGCUGUCCAGCGCGCGAAGUACCAAAGCGGCAUCGCUGCACUGCCCUGGAGCUCCUCGCGGCUGGCGGCGCGCAUGACGCACCGGCCAGGCGCACAUCUUCCGGCGCGCAGCCUCAGCCCGGCCACUCCACGAGGUCGUCAAGUGCGGCAUGUGUGGACACAGUCAGUCCCCAAAGUGCAGCCCAGCAUCCCAGGCAUCGGCAGGCAGCCUCCGGAGCGCGCGCAGUCGGUUCAUCUCCCAGGCCAACCCGUCGGCUACCCGGUGGCUUGGGCACCCGAGCCGGCCUCUGCCCUGCAGCCAUCCGCGACUUUCAGGCAUCCCGGGUUGAGGAUGGUGCAAGUCCAUCAACCCAUCCCGCAAUCGACACCUGCGAGCCCUUCUUCGGCGCGGACACCACAGCACUUCCUGGACUCGACUUCGCCUGCAUUCUUGGGAACGUCGACACCACGGCUGCCGAACUCCAGUCCAGCCGUUCUGUACGGGCAAGGCCCCGGCCCAGUCCUCACACAAUCGACAUCGGCAGUUUCAGAUGCCAGCUGGCUGUGGUCUCAGCCAGACCUGGGCGCCACACAGUCUGUGCCGAGAGGUUUGCCGCUGCGCCGGCCAAGUAGUAGUGCGCUGUCCACUGGGAUCGCUUCUCCACAGGCUGGCGGUCUGCCGCCACGACAGGAGCCGACAGUUGCUAGCAACGGCAAGUUGGAUUCUUCGGGCUGGUUUCCUUUGGCAGCGGCCCAAGUGGACGACAAUGCGGAGUGCCUGCAGGUGGCUCCUGACAUGUUCUUGGUACGUGUGGCUGGCGCCGGGUGA